CGGAGAGUCCCCCCGCCCACGCACUAAAUGAAGCGCAGACUGAUGAAGCAGAAUCGAGCUUUUUGCAGCAGCAGCAAGAAUCCCGUCCAGCAGCAGCAGUAGCUGCAGCAGCACGAGUCGCGAGAGCAGCCAGAGCAGCUGCCCGGCGCGUGCUAGAGAAGGAGGAAGUGCCGUGUGACAAAGUAGAGUUUAAGGUCAGCUUUUAUCCAUCUUUCUCGGCUUCUUGAUACCGCCCUCUAUCCUUGUAUUUCAUGGGAAAAGGAUCGAGAUGAGGGGGCCGAGAUGAAUCAAAGCCGACUCUAAUACAUGUGAUGCGUUUGACCUUGCUGGAUGCGUGUUGCAUGGGCGUGAAAGAUGCUGCGAGAUGAGCGCCGGGCAGUGCGUGACAAAGCGACCGUAAGUGAACGGUCGCAUAAAGCUGUUGUAGAGGAAAUAGUAGGAAAAUUGAACUAGUACAAAUUGAGGCUAGAGAUGUAAAAACAUAACGACGCCGAUACUAGCUUCUUUUUCUCGAACAGUGUUCUCUAGCGAAAGAAUAUGCUAAGUUUCGCGAGACCUCUUGCUAAAGAUCAAAUUGAUGCUCGUCUGUAAUACCAGAUAAUCUUCUUCUCGUUUGCGUUAAUGAUGAUGUUAGUCGGUUAGGAAUUGUCCUACGACUUCCCUGCGUCUCUUCUGAGUUUUGCGGAUUUCUCUGAUGUUGAAACUGUUGCGUUGAAGAUGUUGAUACUGUUGAAAUGGAUGAUAUGGAUGCUGGGCUUCUUGUUUCUGCUCCUUGUUGUCGUCAGCUGCUACUACUACCUCACCAGUUGUGGGCUGUUGUUGAAGUAGAAGAUGAUGCUGAAGUUGGAGCUGUUGCUGAUUCUGGUGUUGAAGUUGUAGCGGAGAUGGAUCCUGUGGAAGAGGAAGAGGAAGAAGUUGAGAAGUGCUUUGCUGAAGAUGUUGAUGGAGGGGGGGCCAUCGUUUGCGUUUCCUUCUGCAAUGUUCUUCCAUCGCUCUCGUUCUAGGCAAUCACCCACUGUGGCAAAUCUAGCCACUAGUUCUGUGGGUGCCCUAUCUUUCCACGUUUCCCUCGGUCUUCCCUUUCUGUUAGCCCUAGCUGGCCUCCCAGCGUUUGUUGCCCCCAGCAUCCUUCUCACCCAGCGCCCCUCUGGAUACUGCACAAUAUGCCCCAGGUAUUUCAGACGUGCCGUCUGCAAUCUCUCCGAGAGCCUCCCCUGGUUUAGUUUCGUCAAGAUUUCCUCCAAACACAGUCGCCGCUUCUUGUUCCAGAACGUGUCAAGCGCGUCCUCCUGCUUCUGUGUUGGUGCCCAAUUCUUCGCUCCCCAGGCUAGAACCGGGUAGACAAACGAGCUCAGAGCCCUUACCUUCAGCUGCGGCCGUACUCUGCAGCUGCAGAGUAUGCGCCCCAGCUCCCCUGUCUUCCUCUCGGCCUUGCUUAUCAUCGCCUCUAUGCCCCUUUCGUCAUCGGCCUCUUCUGUGAUGACCGUACCCAGGUAUUCGAAUUCCGUUACUCUCUCGAUCGUCUUGCCGAUUUCCUCUGGGUAGGCCUCGUCGUUGUUUGCGUUAAUACUACGCAACAUUCCUUAAAAUUAAAUUACGCAAUGCUCGACCUAACGGCCUAACCUACAAUAUUUCAGGGAAGCUUCGAACACAUCUCUUUGAUACAAUUUAUCAUCUUAUCGCAGAUUACACAAAUAUGACAUGAUGAAGAACCAAUGCAUUUUGCCAAUAUUCUAUUAACAUAAGCCAUCUCCAUCUCGAUCUACUUACGCGAAAUUUAUCGAACGACGUUCGUUCUUGUUGCAAUUUUCAAGAAAGAAGGCUGCGCCAGUGCUGAUGUAGAUGAUCAUGAUUCACGAUCACGAAAUAGAUACUCGCAGAUGAUUUACUUCUAAAAAACGCUUUCUUUCUUCAUCGUCUUCCCUUCCGUUCUGGGUGAUCCUAGCUAGGAGGUGGAAGAAUGAGAUGGGAAAGAAAGUUCAUAUUGAAUUUUUGGGAACAGACGAAAUUGAAAACUACUUAACCAAAACCAAUAUUAUUCGAAGUCUAUCGGCGCUUGCUGGUAGGCACAUAUGGUACUUAUGUUGCUGGUCCGA